AUGGAAACGAUGCUAACCUCGCGAAGUUAUGUGUGGGGUGGGGUUGCAGCCAACGGGAGCGCGUUCGAAGAGGCCUACAUACUGACUCUACCAUCCUUCCAAUGGACCCGAAUACAUCCAGCCCCUCCCGCCACUGUUCCGAACUACGGUGGUAAGGGAUGGUCAUCUUGUGACGUGAUCCGCAAUUCACAGAUGAUCAUCAUGAGUGGCGCGACCACCAACAGAUCCAUUGUGGAAUGCCAUGUCCCAAACAUGGGUGGCCAAUCCGGCCUCUUACUUGGGCAAGAAAGUGUGGAGGUAGAAAACUGGUGGCACGCAGUCAGGAGCGAUGUAAACAGGUACCGGGUGCCGGAUAAGAUCGUUGAGCUUAUCGGCGGCAAUGCUGAUGGUAGUGCCACCAAAACUGCACCAGUACAAGGCUGGGCCACGCCUUCGUUGGCGGGCUAUUGGAGAGGAACCAUGGUAAUCAAUUCACGAACAGCAACGAGAACUGUCGCAGCCACACCAACUGCUGAGCAGCCGACAAGCCAACCCCCAUCGAGAAAGACAAACGUGGGAGCCAUAGCAGGUGGGACUGUUGGUGGUGUCGUUGCGCUGGCCGGUAUAAUCGCUCUUAUAUUCAUCUGUCUUCGCAGACGUCGCAAGCAAGCCAUGCACGACCAAGCCGAGCGUAAUCCCAGCACGGGACCCAACCUCCACGGUCCUGACAUGGCGCCGAAGCACUUUGCACACGCUUCUAUCUCGCAGAGCAGCACCAUGUUCGCUUCCAUGGCCCAAUCGCCCACCUACUCACCCCAGGCCUCACCACCGCCUCCGAGCACCUGGCACGGAGAACAAAACUCCUACCAAACAUCACCGCCACACCAGCAUCAGAACAGCGAGUGGGCGCAGCAGGGCAAUCAGUCUUACCUGCAGCCGUACUACCCGCCGCCUCCCGACCCUUCGCAGUCACCGGCGAGGAAAAGUCCUUACGAGAUCAGUGUUGAACUGCCCGAAGUGAGGAGCCCAGCCAAUGCUGAGAUGUCGGAUGUUAGAAGUCCCAUCGGUAGUCAGGCACCAGACUUGACGAUUCCGGUUCCUGUUCGCGGUGUCUUGUAA